ACGCAGGUCGGUCCCGCUUGACUUGAGGAGCAACAAGGGAGAGGCAAGAGAUGAUAUCUGAUAAAAUGUUGAAUCAGAUAAGUCUGACCUUUGCCUGUGUUCAAUGGGAACAGAUGACAGAAGAGGUGUGCUUCACCCACUUACAGACGUUUACUGGACAGAGCUGAGAAACAGGUCAACACUUUAAACAAUCAAUCAUAAAUCUCCAGGUGACCGACAGCUCUGAAAACACAGUUAAUGCUGUUUUAUCAACAUGAUAUGUCGUUAGUUUUCAAUUUUCUCAUAAACAAAAAUUGACAUAUCACAAGGAGACAACAGAUAAUAUCACAUAACUUCUGUUGUGGAUGUCAGACCGUACCAGCUGUUCAUGUGAUUUAAAUGUGUGAUUAUUGCUGACUGUACCUUUUUCAGAGCUUUACCCCCAUUACCCAAAAGUUUUAUAAGCUUGUUCAUGAAACAUUUUACAUGUUCUAGUGGUAGUUGAACUCUGUGUAAGUGUAAUUUCAACAAAAUGUACAUUUCUCUGCACAUGAAUUGCAUAAAAAGGCUUUUAUCUUAAUUUGCUUGCUUAGUCAUCACAAGCUCAAGCGUUUUAUGGCAAAAGGAAAGGAUGACUCUUCGAUAUAUUCCUAAAUAUUUCAUUUAAUAAUGCCAACAUCCAUUAUGUUAACCGCCUUUCCUGUGCUGCAGCAGAUCCCGACACUGAUGCGAGAGGCCAGUAACAACCUGGACUGUCCAAUAAACAACCAAUCACUCUCUCCUUCACAAAAACAAUCAAUUUAGAGUUCCCAGUUAAACGAACCCCAAUCUUCAUGUAUUCAUGUCCGGAGAAACCCUACAGAACCAGCGUAUGAAGGAGAAAUAUUCUGAUCUUGCAGAAAACAUUAUAGCUUUUUAUUAUUUGUAUCCAUACAGCAGUGUGGUGUGUUGGGCUCCGAUCAAUGAGAAUGUAAAGACAGUGUCAAUAACUCCAAAUGUGUUUUCCUGUCAAUACACGUAUCGUGCUGAUGCUCCGGACACUAAGUGCUGAGCAGAUUCAAACUGGAAAACAAAUGAACCGUCGCACCAACAAAUACCAACUCAAACCAUUUCAUCUCACUCUCCUCUCCCCAGAGCCCAGAUUUAUUUGAAAUGAUUGAAAAGUUGCAGGGUAACAGGAUGGAUGAGCAGAGAUGCAGCUUCCCUCCCCCGCUCAAGACUGAGGAGGACUACAUUCCGUAUCCAAGUGUCCAUGAGGUGUUGGGCAGAAGAAGCCCGUUUCCCCUCAUCCUCCUGCCUCAGUUCGGGGGAUUUUGGAUCGAGGGGAACAACCAUGAGCUGAGUGACCGAGUGGACGUGGUGCAGGCGCAGCCGCUGUCCCCAAGCACCCGCACCAAGCUGGAAUGUAACACCAUGGCCAUGCUCUACCGGAAACACUUCCUGGGAAAGGAACACUUUGAUUACUAUUCAGUGGACGGUGCCCUCGGACAUCUGGUGUUCUCCCUGAAGUACGAUGUGAUCGGGGACCAGGAACAUCUCCGGCUCAUGCUCAGGACCAAACUGAAAACCUACCACGAUGUGAUUCCCAUUUCCUGUCUGACCGAGUUUCCCAACGUGGUCCAAAUGGCCAAGCUUGUCUGUGAAGAGGUCAACGUGGAUCGCUUUUUUCCAGCUCUUUAUCCAAAAGCUUCACGACUAAUCGUCACCUUCGAUGAACAUGUGAUAAACAACAAUUUCAAAUUUGGUGUCGUCUAUCAGAAGUUCGGACAGACUUCAGAGGAGGAGCUGUUCGGCAACAGCGACGAGAGUCCGGCCUUCGUCGAGUUCCUGGCGUUUUUAGGAGAAAAAAUCGAACUGCACAACUUCAAAGGCUUCCGUGGAGGCUUGGACGUGACUCAUGGGCAGACGGGCGCAGAGUCUGUCUACUGCAACUACCGCAACAAGGAGGUCAUGUUCCAUGUGUCCACCAAGCUGCCGUACACAGAGGGGGACACCCAGCAGUUACAGAGAAAGCGUCACAUAGGGAACGAUAUCGUGGCCAUCGUGUUCCAGGAGGAGAACACUCCGUUCGUACCAGACAUGAUCGCCUCCAACUUCCUCCAUGGCUACGUCGUGGUCCAAGUGGUCAACCCGUGUUCUGACAAUGUUCUCUACAAGGUGUCAGUGACAGCACGGGAUGACGUACCUUUCUUUGGUCCGGCCCUCCCAAACCCUGCUGUCUUUAAAAAAGGCCCUGAAUUCCAUGAAUUCCUUUUUACUAAGCUCAUCAAUGCAGAAUACGCCUGUUACAAAGCUGAGAAAUUUGCCAAAUUAGAGGAGCGGACGCGGUCGGCUUUGUUAGAGACGCUGUACGAGGAGCUUCAUGUGAACAGCCAGGCCAUGAUGGGACUCGGAGGAGAGGACGACAAACUGGAAAACGGGAGUGGAGGAGGAGGGGGGUUCUUCGAGUCCUUCAAGCGGGUGAUCCGCAGCAGGAGCCACUCUAUGGACGCCAUGGGUCUUGCUCUCAAGAAGCCGCACACAUUCUCCACUAGCCUGAGCGGCAGUUUAACCCACAACCCCGCAGAGAGCCCCAAAUUCCCAGGGAUAUCGUUGCUUGUCCCAGGCAAAAGUCCCAGUAAAUAUGGACGUCGAGGCAGUGCCAUAGGGAUAGGAACAGUAGAAGAGUCGUUGAUAAUCCCGGGGAAAAGCCCGACCAGGAAGAAGUCAGGUCCUUUCAGCUCCAGGAGAAGCAGCGCCAUCGGUAUUGAAAACAUCCAAGAAGUCCAGGAGAAGAGUAGAGAAAACUCCCCAAACACCCAGAAGACCCCCGACAGCGGCCAUGUCUCUCAAGACCCCAGAUCGGACAAUUCCUCCGAUCAGAGCUCCCCCGAAGCGCUCACGACCGCCAAGAACAGUUCUUGUCUCGGUGGCAGGGCCCCAUCCAUCCCUGAGGGUCACGACCUCUCCCGCUCCUCCUCCAACGCUAGCAGCUUUGCCAGUGUGGUGGAGGAGAACGAGGCCACGGAGGACUACGACACAGGCCUGGAGAGUGUGUCGUCUGCGGGGACGCCGCACAAGCGAGACUCCUUCUCCUACACCAGCUGGCUGGAGGACAGCAUGAGCAGCACCAGCGCCAACAGUCGAGCCAGCUCCCCAGGGCCUGGUAAACCUGAUCGAGGGAAGGGGACAGACAUCCGAAUCAAACUGGAGCGACCGCACGAUCAUCAGUCCUCAUCGAACUGUUAGCUCCACACAUCCGGUUGUGUCCUGGAUCUCCAUCUUCAGCCCUCCCAUAAGUCACAGCCCCUCGGGGAGAUGAGACAGGCGUUCGCCAUGAGCAGAGAUGAGAAGGAGGAAGAUGAGGAAGAGGAGACGUAGGAGAGGACGCAGGUGGAUUCUGGCCUUUCCCUCUUCUCAGUGGGUGACAGGGCGCAGGAACCUGGAGGAGGACACUGGGAGAGCACGACGCACAAAGAGGGGCCAGCUUUUGCACAGUGUUGUUUCCUUCCACUCUUUUCUUUGCCUGUUCACACAACUGUUGCCUGGCUGUAUGUUUUUUUUAACCUGUUAUUGUUUUAUUUAUAAAAGAUAUGACUUGGGUUUAGUUCGUCUUGUUAAAGCCUCAAUGUGCUGGCUAAACAGGGUAAAGACAGUGCCACUGAUCUCUGUGUUGACAUGAUGGAAAGGACUUCUUCUGCAACAGAGACUCAGUAAAGACCUCUAAUAUAUAAAUAAAAACCAAAUAUUCAGCAUCAAAGAUGAGUGUUUUAUAACAAAAUAUCCCAUGUGAUGUAGAAUCUUUUUGAUGGAUGCUGUCAAAUGUGAGUAUUUUCUAGAUAAAAUCCACACAGAUCGUUGGAGCAAAGUAAAAAUUCUCUUUCCUGUCCUGCCCCAAAACUUAACACCACGAGUCACAGUAAAGAAAGAAAUGUAUCAUGAAUUAAAUGAAAUGGCCUUAAAACUUCAACAUGCAAUGUCUGUGUCCCUUCAAUUUAUUUUAACCUCCCUUCUCUGACUCACGUUCUACCGUACAGCCAUAAUGGGACGGCAGUAUUCGAUUAAGAUGAAAACACAUAUGUUCAGAGUCAUUUUUUAGCACACUGGUUUCUUUAGAUAAAUAAUGAUGGUGCAAUGCACCAGUGCUGUGUGUAUAGUCUGCUUAUAUAUGGAUGUAUCCAUCAAUGACUGAUUAAACUGCUUUGUCCGUCGUGUUUGCUGCUGUGGAGUCCAGUCUCUACAUUUCGUUCUAUUUUUUCUCCUCUAAUAUGUUUUUAUUUAUUGAUUUGGUUCCUAUUGAAGUGGCACUUGUGGCGUACAUCUGUUCUUCUGUACCUCUAUGGCGACUACACGCAGCAUCCUGAAAUAUGAUUUAUUCUGUAUGUGUUGCUCUGGAGUAAAAUAUAAUGUUGUCAUCUGUAAAGUUCUGUGUAUUUCAGGGGUCAGAUCUGUUUCAGCGCGAUACAUUUGCAAUGCAAUUCAAACGAAAUGGUGAAUAUUUAUUUGCUUGAGGGAAAAUAACUCAGAAGACAACUACUGAUUUUGUAAAUAUUUAGUUGGAGUACAUAGUGUAUAAUGUAUAGAUCAUUGAUUUCAGAUGGGAUUGUCCAACACCUCAAAAUAACUGCCAAGUUAACAAUACACUUAAAUUUGAUUAUUCUUUUGAGAAUUUUUUGUAGAAUCAAAUUAUUUUAAAAGCUUUUCAGACUGUUCUGUAAAAGGGAAAAAUCUCACUGUAUAUCCUGCUGAUCAUUUAAAGUUGCCUUGUCACCACGAACCUGUGGUGUAAGUAUAGAUAGUGAAGAGGCAGCAGGAUUUACAGUGAAAUGAAUGUUGUGGUGUUGUUUUAUUGUAAAUAAAUGCCUAAAGAACUUUAA